AUGGACUUCUCCGAGGACUACAAGGCCGAGUCUGCAGCAGACGUGGGGGAGCUUUGGGCGAAGGCCGUCCGUGAGUAUGCCAAAGAAACCGAGAGAGACAUCACCCGCGUCCAGCACAUGUCGACCAAGGAGAUUCUCGAAGAGCAGAAACGCGCACUGGACAAGUUCAAGGGCUUUCGGCACGAUGGCCAGGUCACCGACAAGUUCCGUUCGGUUGUCAGCACCAAUUCGGAAUUGAUCAUGUCUGCUGCAAAACAGAUAUCAAAUGCUGCAAGCACGGCUUUUCCACCUGCUGGAACCGUCUUGAUGGCUUUCACAUGGAUCAUGGAUGGUUCCAAAAACGUGUCCAAGGACUACGAUGUCAUUUACACCUUUUUCGACAUCCAGCACUCAUUCCUCAAGCGCAUCUCCAUCAUCGAGAAGAAGGUCCCGGACAUCAAAAUAUAUCAGACGAUAAUGAUGCGGGUGUUCACUGCCAUACUUGACCUUUGCAAAAUCGCCACCAGAUACCAGAAAGAAGGGCGGUUCAUCAAAUGGACGAAAGCGCUUAUCAAGGGCUCUGACGAGAAACUCCAAAGUGCCUUGGGCAGCCUCAAGUCAAAUAUUGAGAGACUCGAGUCAGCCACCAUGUUUGCCACGCUCAGACAGACAAUCGAGACGCACCAAUCAGUGACAGAGACAGCUACGCUGACCCGCCAGGUGCUCUCAAUCCAGCAAGAGCAAACGGGUAUCCUGAAGGAGAAUGCCAUGGUAGGGCAACAGACAUUGGAAAUCAGCCAGCAAAAUUCUCGCGAGAUGCAGAAAGUAUCAGGCAUAAUUUCCAGGUACUUCACCAUGUCUGAUAACAGCCAGGAGCAAGGCAAGGGGGAAAAGCUCCGUAAACCCAAAGAUGCUGGCGCAAGGCGCUCGGCGGCUCUCGCUCAGGUGAAGGAGGCACUGCAAACUGUUGCCUUCACUGCCACGACCAUGGCUUAUGCCGACAUCAAGCAGGCCUUUGUGGAGGGGACUUUCAAGUGGCUCAGAGAAAAUGAGACUUACAACGCAUUCGCCGCUGGUGAGAACGAGCCCUUCCUGUGGGUUACCGGCGACCGCGGGUUGGGAAAGUCGAGUCUUGCGUACUUUGCCGUCAACGAACUCAGGGAACGGCGCCAUUUCUGCCAGACCAACGUUGCGUACUUCUUUUUCAAGGAAGAGCACAAGGAGCUACGCUCAACGGUCGACCUCUUGAAGACGGUUGCAGCUCAGCUAGCAGAGACCGACCACAAGUAUCGCGAAGAAGUAGCGAAGGAGAUCAAGAAGAGCGCCGAAAAUCUUGGAGAUGGAGAAGCAUCCCUCCUAUGGGAUCAGCUCUUCGCCUCGAAGUUUCCUCAUGAGUCUCCAACCAGGCUCUUCCUUGUUAUCGAUGGAUUUGACGAAGCCGGCGCAGCCGACCGCGAAAAGUUGUUGAGUCUUCUUGCUCAGGUGAAGAAGGACAACCUGCAGAUUCGGGUUAUGAUCACAAGCCGACCGAAAACGGAAGGGGUGGAAAGCUUGCAGCCAGCAUCUCUUCCCAUCGCAAUUGAUCAUUUGAGGAGAGACCUUCGGCUCAUCAUAAAAGCAAGGAUUAAGUCCAUGUCCAGGCUCAGAAGGCUUCGACUCCCCGUGAAGAAGCGAGUCAUCAUCAAGCUUCUACAGAAUGCCGACAGCGCGCUCUACGCCGAGCAUGUUCUGCGCAGGCUUAAUUCCCUACGCCGGGAAGCGACAAUUCUGAAGGAGCUUGACAAGCUGCCAGCAAGUUUAUCCGACCUUUACAACCUGCUGCUUGCCGAAUGUCAAAAGGGGCGAAGUGACGAGGAUCUUGCCUCUCUAAAACGACUAUUCGCAUGGCUUGCCUACUCGAAGCGUCCACUCGCGUAUGGGGAAGCGUCCAACCUUGUGGCCUUCGUCAACGACGACGCCAAACUGAGCCUGGAGGAAGAGAUUGAAGGAAAGUCUGCCAGACUGCUCCGGCUUGCCCAGAUUACUUCCGAUGACGACGAGUCGUCCGAUGAAAGCGACGGGGACGGCUCCGAAACCGCUGAUGAGGCCCUUGAAACCCAUGAUGAUACGGACCCCAACACCUGGGUACCUCUGCGCUUCCAGGAACGGUCUUUGCGCCAAUACUUCCGUGAGGCCGUCGUAGACGAGAAUGGCUUGCGCAGCUCUCCGUCUUCUGCUCACCUGAUCAUUUUCAGGACCAUCGCCACCAUCUUAACCACGGACGUUGAGGAUGACUUGACGAUUAAGAUGUUGAAAAACUAUUGCGCCGACUUCUGGAUCCAUCACUUCCUGGACAUUGAAGUGGAGAGUGCGGGUGAUGAUGAGGUCAAGUCCGUCCUCGAGAGCCUCUCCGACAUUGUGAAUAACAAGAACCGGGCUCUGGAGAAGAUUGAAGAGAAUGCAAGCGGUCUCGGUAUCUUUGGCGAGUCAAAGGACUUGCGGGAGCGCAUGUUCAACUCCAUCAAGCAGUGGGUUGGCAGAGCCUCGGAUCUUCCAACUGACUUCCUCAACACAGAGAGCUUGAACUUGGUAUCCAGCCUGUCUGAGGACCCCUCCAAGCUCAUGGAACAAAUAGCUCGGAAGCACGUCUUUAACUGGUUCAACUAUGCCGCAUACCGAUGGGAAGCCUGGCGGUCUUUCCACUUUGCACUUGAAGCACUCAAAUUGACAAACAUGCUGGUGGAUGAGUUGAAAAACGUAGGGGAUGAGCCAACAGCGGAACAGAUUCUCCUUGUAGCGGGUGCUUUCCCAGAUCUGGAGAGGUCCAGCUACGCGCACAGAGCAAUCGGUCUGGUCAUGAAGUGGUACAAUCACUGGGAGUCCGCCCUCGAGGAAUGCAAGAAGUCUUUGGAAAAUCCCGGAUCAAACCUGGAGAAUUUCCAUGCUUUGGGCAGUGUGUCAGAUGCGGCCAAGCAAUUGGCAUCCGAAGAAGCAGACGCAGAGAAGAAAGCUGAAUACAUCAAACAGAUCAAGGAGACGGUCAUGGCGAUGAUAGCCGAGUACUCGCAGCUCGGCCCUCAGGGCGAAGAAGAGAACACAAAAAUAUACAUGGCACGCAGUUUCCUCACACUCUCGGGAUGCGCGCUGCUCGAAGACGACAUGGCGGCGGCAAUCAGUAUAUUCAACGACCAAGCAAAGCCUCUUCUCCCCGACGAAUUCCUGCCCAAUGACGUAAUCGCAGAAAUAAUGGCAAAGUUGAUCGAGAAAGGGCAGGAUGACAGACUGCUGGAGUUCUUCGCCACUCUCAAGGAUAAAGAAAAGCUCGUAUGGCUUGCAGAUCAGGGAACUCACGAAGACUUCCAACGUGCUGCUGUGAGGACAGGCAAACGCGAGCUGAUCGCGGAUACUUACGAACGACUGAUCAAAAUGUCAAUUCUGAACUGGAACACCGACUUCGGCAUCAGAUUCGCCCUUGCGAGCUACUACGUGGUUGUUGAUGAGAACCUGGACAAAGCCAAGGAGCUGCUGGUCCAGCUGCUACAGGGCUACCAGAGGGGAGACAAUCUGCUGGAAGAAGUCGUUCUGGACAGCAGGGGGCUCCUGGCUGAAGUUCUCAUGGAGCAAUUCCGCACCACGGUCGACGCGGUGAAAAAGGCCAGCAUUCUUGACGAGACCAUGAGACUGGCGUUCCCGACCGGUUACGUUCGCAUCGAGGAUUUCGACCCGGCCUUGUCCAAUACGGCGCUUCCUGCCGUGUUGAUGUUGCGGAAAAUGGGCCCUUUACAGGAAUUCCAGUCGACGCUGAACAAAUGUUUCGACAGUUGUGUUGCUGCCCUAACCGACAACGAGGGUUCGAAUGACUUCACCAGCGUCCGCUUCUUUGGCAAGGUUCUGGCGUGCCUUCCAGGCCUGGAGAGAGACGCUCAGAUAGCCUCCGCUUCGCAAUUCUACUACCUCAAUCCCGAGUUCAUACCGAAGGAGGGCGAUAGCUCCAGCGAUGAUGGCGCGCCGGCGCAAGCCCACCCCACAGCCGAGGACACUGGCCAGAAUGGGGUGAACGGAGAGAGUUGCAAUGAGAGGCCGUCAGCAGAGAAUACCGGCGCACCCUAUGGCGAUCUGAAUCCCGAUACAAGUGUGUUCUGCAACGGCUGCGGCAAGGAAAUCUACAAUCCCAGCGAAGGGCCCGUCUACACGUGCACAACCUGUACCGACACGGACCUGUGCACUGAUUGCCACCACAAGCGCAUAGGGUGGAACAACGGCGGGCCAGUCACCGACUGGCAGGCUUAUUGUGGGAAGAACCAUCACUACGUUAAGCACCCGGCGGAGGGUUGGAAGGGCAUCAAGGACGGCGUGAUAGAUCUCGGAGAGGAGAAGGUCGAGUUCACGCAGUGGCUCAAGGACGUCCAGGACAGAUGGAAGGCUGCCUGGGAUGACUUCUGGGGGAGCCAGGAGGGCGUUGGGGACAUUAUGUAA